UCGGCGGAGGGUCUGGUCUCUGCUGGUGAAUCUGUCAAGCUGGAGGAGCGGGGCCGCGAGCGCUGGAGUUCUGCUGAAGGCCCAUGUCUGCAGUCGGGCCCCGAGGAGCAGUAUGUAGACCAGGGCACCGAGGAGCCGCCAGCGCCUCACACACACACACACACACGCUACCGGGACGCACAGACCAUCACAGAUGUGUGUAACAGCACAGAGCUGCCGGAGGUGGAGAUCAUCAGUCUGCUGGAGGAGCAGCUGCCCGUCUACAGGCUGAGGGCCGACUGUGUGUUCGGGUAUGAACACGACGACUGGAUACACACACCUCUGCUGCCGGCGGACACACACACUGACCUGACCACUGAGCAGAUCCAGGAGACUCUCAACUACUUCUUGUUAUGUGCUGAGCGAGUGGGCCAGAUGACCAAAACCUACAAUGACAUUGAUGCGGUCACUCGUCUGCUGGAGGAGAAAGAGCGUGAUCUGGAGCUGGCGGCUCGUAUCGGUCAGUCUCUGCUGAAGAAGAGCAGUGUUCUGUCGGAGCAGAAGGACUUCCUGGAGGAGCAGCUCUGCAGCAUCAGAGAGGAGGUUGCUCAGCUGCAUCAUGAGCUGAAUCUGAAGGACGAGCUCCUACAGUUUUACACCAGCGCUGCUGAGGAGACUGAAGAUGCUGCGUCUCCAGUGGCUCAGCAGGGCAGGUCAGUGUCGGCCCGCAGCGGCUCUUCUCUGGACGUCCUGCAGCAGAAACUCAGAGACCUGGAGGAGGAAAACCUGACUCUCAGAUCAGAGGCCAGUCAUCUGAGGUCAGAGACAGAGUGCUAUGAGGAGAAAGAGCAGCAGCUGGUGAACGACUGCGUGCGGGAGCUGCGUCAGUCCAGCCUCCAGAUGUCCAGUAUAGCAGAUGAGCUGGCCAGGAAGACGGAGGACGCGUCCCGUCAGCAGGAGGAGAUCACACACCUGCUCUCGCUGAUCGUAGACCUGCAGAAGAAAGCCAAGACCUUUGCGGUGGAGAACGAGGAACUCUCUCAACACCUUUCAGCAGCUAAAGAUGCUCAGAGACAGCUGACGGCAGAGCUGCAGGAGCUGCAGGAGAAAUACUCGGAGUGUGUGGAGAUCCUGCACGAGGCUCAGGAGGAGCUGAAGAACCUGCGCAACCGCAGCGCACCUGCAGGAACACCCCGACGAUACCAUCAGCUGGGCCUCUGCCCCAUGGACUCUCUGGCUGCUGAAAUUGAGGGCACCAUGAGGAAGGAGCUGAGCUUGGAGAAUCCUGACGAUGAGGAGCAGAGGGUCCGUCAUAAGCGGGUGUUUGAGACGGUGAAGAGCAUCAAUCAGUCCGUCAGACGGAGCUCCUCUGCUGAUUCGCCAUCAAACAUCCCGGGGUCCAAUCAGACGCUCCCGUCUCCUGGCUCCGCCCACUCGGACAGCAGUGCAGCUCUGGAUAACCGAACACAGAGUCUGAUGCAGGAGAGCGACUGCGCACACACACCUGUCUCAGAGAAGCGCUCGGGCUCAGAGGAGCUCCAGCGGGCGCUGCGGCGUCUCUCUCUGCGCCGGCAGAACUGUCUGAGCGAGCGGAUCUACUUCGAGCGGCGGAGGGAGAGUCUGAAUCUGACCGACUCACUGCUCCACUGUGACAGCAUCAUGUCCUGCUGGACCAGCCGACCAUACCUGCCCAACAAACUGCAGAUAGUCAAGCCUCUGGAAGGCUCUGCCACCCUUCAGCACUGGCAGCAGCUGGCACAGCCCAAUCUGGGUGGGAUCCUGGACGCUCGGCCCGGUGUGCUGCCUAAAGGCUUCCGUCCGCUGGAGCUGGAGCUGGAGCAGGUCUACCCCUACCCUGAAUACGAGGAGGACGAGCCGGGGGAGCAGUACUUCCAGAACCUGCCCACCACCACAGCAGCAGCCAAUCACAGCUCUGCUCCAGCCCACAGCCACGCCCCCUCAGCCUCGCCCUCGCCCUGCCUCAGCUCAGGCCACGCCUCCAUUGAGUUCUCCAUGUAUUUUCCAGGUAAAUGCAUGGCUCACACCAGUUCCACAUACACCUUCACCACCUGUAAGAUCCUGCACCCGUCUGAUGAGCUGACGAGGGUCACGCCCAGUCUGAACGCCGUGUCCAGUUCGGUGUCGUGUGUGAUGUCCAGCAGUCUGCGCUCGACACCUGCCGCUACCCCCUGUACGCCGCGGCGCAUGAGUCUGUCUCAGUCUCAGUCCUUCACUAACCUGCGGGACUCCACCAAGACCUUCAGCACGUCUCUGGGUCUGGUGCGGCUGCUGCAGGAGCGGGGCAUUUCUGCUGCGGUGUACCAGCCUCAGAUCGGGCCCCGGGGUGGUGGAGGGGUGCUGUUCUCCACCUGCAUCCCCCCAGCUCCACCUGCAGACCCUCAGCGGCCCUCCACGCCGCCCAACUCCCCCACCCGCGGUCCCGGGACACCACACACGCAGCAGCUCUUCUCCUUCAAGAGCCCGACCCAUGAGAACUUCCUGGCCUCCAGACCGGCGCGCUCCCUCCUGCAGGAGGUAUCCGGGGCCCCGGCCAGAGACUGCGAGAGCCAGACUGACGUCAGCAUGUAUAGCCUCAACCUGGUGGAUAAGCUGAAGCGCCUGGGUCUGGCCAGUCCGGGGGCUGCUGGGCCUCCUGGGCCACUCCUGGCUCCGCUGGGGCUCCGGAGAGCAGCGUCUCCCUUCAGUCCCCUGAACGAGGGCAUGCGGAGGAACCGCAGCUACCCGGCGAUGGUCGGGGCCAGUAUGGCAAUGAAGGGCCCCGGCCCUCAGGAGGAACAACUACUGCUGGCCCCCAAACUACCCAAACAGACCAGUCUCAAAUGAGCACACGUAUGCAUCCUGCAGGGGUAGUUCACACACAAAUCAAAACUCUCAUCAUUUACUCUCCCUUUACUUGUUUUAGAGUCAAUGCUUGACUAACACAUGUAUUAUACACCAACACAAACACACUCUUGCCUAAUACUCACCAAAAACUAAACUCAAUUCUGUCAUGACGUUCCAAACCCGUGUGACUGUACCAAAGAAAUGAUUUAUGAGCUGCUGUUGUCCAUACACUGAAGUCAGUUAGAUCUAAACUAAUGUAUCUGAGCUAAAUUAAUACAUGACAUUUAAUAUUUAGUUUAUUUACUGAUCAGACGCUUGAGCAAAACGACAUGUUUAUUUCACAUUAAAAUUCAAAUUUAAUUAAUUUUUUAAAUCUAUGUAUUUGUUAAAUACACAUGAGAUAAAAAAACAUUAUUAAUUAUUUAUUUAGAUUAAAACUGUA